UCCACAGUGACACUGGACCAUCUGGGGCCUAUGGUGGUGAAUACGGACGGGACGCUGUCGCGGAUCGCGAACUGGGAUAGGAUGGCGGAGAUUGAGAAGAAGACUACGCUGCGGGUGCUGGGAAAGAGGAAUAAGCAGAGGUUGGAGGCGUUGAAG